CAGUGGACUUAGGAGGCAGCAUGAAGUUCUUCCACCCGCUCUUCGUCCUGCUGCUGUUGCUCGCGGUCCUGACGCUGGUCGGAGCCCAGAAGCCAGAUUUCCUCAACCUGAGAAGAAAAUACAGGAGGCAUCACUGUCCACACAAGCGCUGCCUGCCCUUACACUCCAGAGUCCCGUUUCCCUGAGGAGACGAGACGAGACCUCGAGACCACCGGAGUCGGUCUAUUUCGGCCAAGCUGCGCACCCGGGAAGUUCCCGAUCGAGUGUAAAUAGCGCCCAGGACGCCGGAGGAAGGACCGGCGGGACCCCCCACGUCACCGCGCGUCGUUGUAAAUAGCGCGGACUGAAUGGAAAUGUGUUUUAUAUAAGUUAUACGCACUUGGAAAAUGUAUUAUUAUUCAUAUUAAAUAAAGUGUAUUCUUUUCA